AUGAAUUCCGAUCAACGCGCUGGUGCUCCCUCAGCCCCUGGGGAAUCUUCUUCAAGCCGCGGCGAUGCGGGCCCGCCUGCCCGCCCCGCAUACAUGACGGUUGGGUCAGGGUCGACUCCAGAGGCUGCUGCCCGCCUUAUGUCGAUGCUAGAUCAGGACUCCGGAUACGGGGGAAGUAUUGUGGACGGAGACACGUCUGGUCGGACCUGGCACCCUACCAUCGUGGAAGACAGACCAACGCCGCCUCCCACGCCCAUCCUGCCAGGCGGUACAGGCUCCGCUGAGCACGACCGGCAGCGCAGCCAUGUGCUGCAGCUGCGGUACAAUCAGAAUAAAAAUGCGCUCGCCCGAGCCAUCCAUGGCACCAUCGAUACCCUCAAGAGCUUCCAGGAAAAGAACCUAGAAUGGCCGGCGCAUUAUCCCUCAGUGCCUACAGACCAUAAACAUCCAUCACAUAGCCGCACCGAUUCCCGGCCCGGUCUAUCUCAUACCCAGACAUCCGUGGACGACUUAGAGCCAUCAUGUUCGCCCGACCGACCACGACCUCCGCGACGGGCGGGUACAUCCAUCGGAGAGGAUGCGACUGUGGCAGAGUCGAGCUCUAUGGCACCGCGAGAACCGAAACAGGAGCCUCGGUUGGUAACUCCGCAGCUUGCUCACGAUUUCUCCGUGCUCAAGCUGGAACUCCGCAUGGGAGGACGGACACAAACCGAUUUGGUACACUCUUUGGAGAGAGGCUCCAUCGCAUCACUACUUGACGGCCAAAUUCAGCAAAGCAUACGGCAUCUCUAUUCCAUCAAAGAAAGAAUAGAAGACACAUCAAGUAAGGUUCUCGUAACCGGCGACCUCAAUGCGGGAAAAUCGACAUUUUGCAAUGCACUACUUCGACGAAAAGUGCUGCCGGAAGACCAGCAGCCAUGUACCAGCAUCUUCUGCGAGGUCCUCGAUUUCCGAGAGAAUGGUGGUGUUGAAGAAGUCCACGCCGUGCCCCUCGGAUCCCGAUAUAACCGCCACGAUGAGAGCACAUACACCGUCUUUUCCCUAACCGAUUUGGACAAGAUCGUUACUGACAACGAGCACUUUACACAAUGCAAGAUCUAUAUCAAUGACAUUCGAUCUGUGGAUGAGUCGUUGCUCAACAACGGGGUUGUGGACAUUGCGCUCAUCGAUGCACCCGGCUUGAACUCAGACUCGGUGAAGACGACCGCAGUCUUUGCGAGACAGGAAGAGAUUGAUGUGGUAGUCUUCGUGGUUUCGGCAGCCAACCACUUCACGGAAUCGGCGAAGAAUUUCAUCUUCACUGCCGCUCGAGAGAAGGCGUACAUUUUCAUGGUGGUCAACGGCUUUGACACUAUUCGGGACCAACGGCGGUGCAAGGAGAUGAUUCUCAAGCAAGUGCAUGGCUUGAGCCCGGCUACCUUCAAAGAGUCGAACGAGCUGGUGCACUUUGUCUCUAGUAAUGCUAUCCCAAUGAUAGCGGCAGGCUCGGCUAGAGGCUCUCCACCAGAUGGGGAUGGGGACGAUGACCCUACCGACAAGGGCAAAGGCAAGGAGGCAGAGAAGAUCAGGGACUUUGAAGACUUGGAGACCUCUCUGCGCCGUUUCGUUCUCGAGAAGAGGGCAAGAUCCAAGCUUGCACCGGCAAAGACGUACCUCCUGAAUGUCCUGAGUGACAUCCAUAAUCUUGCUACAGUUAACCGAGAUGUUGCUCAGGCGGAACUGGAUCGAGUGAAGAAGGAGAUGGAUGCCCUCGAACCAGAAUUCGAAGAAUCCAAGAAAGCAAGGACUGAAGCCGGAGAGUCAGUGGAGCGAAUGGUGGAGGAUACCACUUCGGAAGUCUACACUCACACAUGGGAUACCCUCAACGGCUGCAUCGCUCGGGUAGGUGAGCAGGACCUUGGCAUCGAAUAUCCUGGCCUUUUCUCCGCCUACCAGUAUGCCGAAGACAUCAGGGAUUCAAUGAUUCAUGAGAUCUCCGAGAAUGUGCGCUUGUGCGAAGAGCAUGCGCGAGCACAAGCUGUCCAGGGUUACAAUGGGAUCAAGAACCUAGGCAUCCUGCAUCUUGGUAACAACCUCCAUGCCGACGUCAUGUUCCGUCCGGAGAGGAUGUUUAGAAAGUCGGUGCAUGCUCUGGCCCGACAGGUCGACAUCGACAUUGAGCUCUGGGAUUUCUUCGAUAUUGCUAGUUUGUGGGAACGGCAAGAGAAGGUUGCAGGGACAGGCAUGGCUGUCACUGUUGCAGGUGUGGUGGGCGGUAGAUUGGUUGGCGGCGUCGGAUGGCUAGAUGGUGCUCUUGGUGCAGCGAAGAUCAUGGGGUCAAACAACCUCAGGAGGCUCUUGAUUCCUGGCCUCAUUGCUGGUGUUGCCAUCGGUGUCUCGUACAUCCUAGCAUCGGUCCCCAAGUCUCUGCCCCACCGGCUCAGUGCCAAGCUGUCUGCGCAGCUAUCGGCCAUUGACUACACGCAUUCUAAUGCAUUGCGCAUCAGCUCAGAGGUUCGCCGGGCCCUUAAGGGCCCUGCGAACGAUGUUCGGAUUGGCCUGCAGCGGAACGUUGAAAAGCUGCAGCUCAAGAAGGAUGAAACGCUCAAGUUCAAAUCAGAGGCCGAAGGAGCCCGGAAGUAUUUCAGCAACCUGUUCCGCGGCAGCAACGAGCUUCGCCAAACGGUCCAGCGGAUUGACCUAGAGGCGACGCCACCAGCAGAAGGUAACCUUAACCUGAUGGAGGUCCGCCGCGACCCGCGCCAGUUCGUCUUCUUCAUAAUCCUGCUACUCCUUAUAAACUCGCCCGAACCACAGCAGCAGGCAGGCUACAACACACGAUCACGGUACAACGAGGUUAUCGAACGCGAAUGGGAAGAGCUCGACGUCCUAAAUAGAACCCGAUAUGGCGAUUUCGACCCCGGGAAGAAUCAGUGGCUGAAUAUUACAGGGCUAAGGGAGGAGGAUGGGUUUGCGUGGGAUUUGUUGGAGCCGGUUAGGCGGAGGGCGACGGAGCAGACGAAGGGGCUGCUGGGGGAGAAGGCGGAGAGUUGGUUGAAAGGCACGGUUGGAGAAGAGGAGAGCAUACCAGUGUAUAGGAAUAUUUCGGGGUAUGUGCAGGGCGAGUGGGUGCGCUCGUCGCUGGGGCGCAUACGGCAUCCGAGCGAUAUGAACGCCUCCGCGCUCCUCCCGGAGUAUCCGUUCCCGUUGGCCGAGUACGACAGGAAUUUGACUGGGACAGGAGGGCCUGUGCGGCUGCAUAUAACAGAGCUGGAGGGAAGAAUGCGGACGGAUGAGAACAGGACCAUCUCGGAGGUUAGCGCCAGAGUGGUGAUUGGAGACGAUGAGAGCUGGGGGGAUAACUGGUGGGAGUUUGCGGUUAAUGGGUUGCAUUAUCCUGAGUUUGGCGGCGCGGUGUUGACUACGACAAGUGAGAGGUUUGCCGGCAUCUUCGCGCUCCCACACUUGCAGAUCACGUCGCACCUCUACACCUCAUCUCAAGAACUGCUCAACUCAACCAUUCAUGAGACGAUCGAACGCCAGACGAACCGAGCGUACCCCAUAUGGAACCCAUGGACAUCAGCCGUAGAGGGAACAAAUGAAGGAACCUUGGGCACUCCUCACUGCGAGUUCGUCCUUUUCCUACAGGAACAGCCAGUGCAGUUCCAUCUCCGACCGGGACAGCAACCGCUAAACGGGCAGCCUGAUACAAACUGGCUUGAACACGAGCUUCGAUAUCCCACCGGCUCACCGAUGCCCCGUCGCACACCACUGUCCAUGUCCAUGGUUGGCUUCUCUCCAGAUUGCGGCUUCGUCAUCGAGUCGAAAGGCCCGCCAGACUUCCCACCUUCAGAGGCCGCACAUCUCGUGGGCUCGAAGACGGAAGAGUUCAACGCCCGAGCUAGGCAUAGCAUCAUCGCAUUUGCAGUCACCCUCGUCUUCCAGCUCUUCUUCCUCAUCAAGCAAGCAAAGGAGGCUGCGACCCCAUCUACCCGUAACCGAAUCAGCUUCUAUACGAUCGCCAUGAUGGGCCUGGGCGAUGGAUUCGUGUUUCUUUCCCUGGUCUUCAUGCACCUGUUUCUGGGAACGUCACAGCUUGCAUUAUACACCAUCGCAUUCCUCGCGCUAUUUUCAGUGGUCUUGGAGCUUCGGUUCUUGAUGGAUAUCUGGACUGUUCAAGUAACGGAGCAGAUGCGUCAGGACAGACAGCAGGCGCCGACACCUACUCCACCGAGCCCGCAACCUACUCCGACUACAAACACGCAGACACGUCCGCCACCACCUCCCAGCGGCGACUCGCUUCCUCUCCCAGUAACCGCCAACCGACCACAACCAUCCGCCCCCCUCAUCGUCCCCUCCGAUCAGGAUGAUGCCACCGGAGGCGCCACUACACCUACCAACAACACCACAACAGCAAUAACUCCAGCGCGAGCCGAGCUGAGCGCUCUAUACAGCCGCUACUGCCUCCUUCUCAUCAUCAUAUUCUUCAUCACCCUGCAAUUCACAACCGUCCGCUCCACAGCCCGCGCCUUCUACUUCAACACUCUCUGCUUCAUCUACCUUUCCUUCUGGACGCCUCAAAUCCACCGCAACAUCAUGCGCAACUGCCGAAAGGCGCUGCGCUGGGAUUUUGUCCUUGGACAAAGUAUCGUCAGGAUGAUACCUAUUGCCUAUUUCUACGUCGUGGAGAACAAUGUUUUAUUCUCAAAGACGGAUUAUAGGUCGCUACUAGUGCUUGCCGGAUGGGUCUGGAUACAGAUACUAGCACUAGCUAGCCAGGAGAUCCUAGGCUCCCGCUUCUUCAUCCGCGAAGGCUGGGCCCCUCCAGCAUACGACUACCACCCCAUCCUCCGCGAAGACGAAGAAGGCGCCACGAUGCCGAUCGGCUCAUCAACCUCCCCCGAUUCCCCUUCCUCCUCGGCGCCUCAACUCCAACCCGGCGAAUCAAAGGGCAAGGGCAAGAAAGUAUUCGACUGCAGCAUCUGCGCGCAAGAUAUCGAAGUCCCUGUUAUACCCGCCGGCGGCGGUGGACCCGAUGUACAAGGUCUAGGUGGACUGACCCUGCAGCGGAGGAUGUAUAUGGUUACGCCUUGUCGGCAUAUUUUCCACACGCCCUGUUUGGAAGGGUGGAUGAGGUAUCGGUUGCAGUGCCCGAAUUGUAGGGAAAUAUUGCCGCCACUAUAG